AGCUGAGGGAAGACUCAGAAAGUUAAGAGGAGGAUCUCCCCCUGAAAUGCUCUCACUCACGCCCCUCCCCAUCUUGUUUCUGUCACCCCCCAGCCCCUCCCUCUGAUUGCGUUGCGUAAUCGCAGCGUACGGUGUGUUUGUGUGUGUAGCGAAGCAGGUAGCCAGCUCCUGCAGCCUCUUUCUCUCCUUCUCUCCUUUCCCCUCUCUCGCUCUCUGUGUUUGUGAGCUGAUCAGCAGUGGGAGGCGGUGGACGCGUUCCUCUCACAUCCUGGACGGGUUCAGGUCGCGCUGCAGGGGAGGGACUYUGCUUGUGCAGACUGGGCUGAGCUGCAGCAGGGAUGCAUCAGGCGGCAGAGACAGACCUCUGAGUUGAUUGGAGAAACCCAGGGCCUCCUCUUUCCUCUGAGAAAGAAGAAGAAGCGUGAACRUUGUUUCUCUACCUCCUCGUCCCUCCUCCUACCCCCCACCGGGGGUAAAAUAAACCCCGAACACCGCUGGAGUCGCUGGAUGGAGAGAGUCGCCUGAAGAAGGGAGAGCGGUGGAGUUGCUCUCCUCCUCCUCCYCCCUUUCUCUCUACUGCACCAAAAGAAAACCCCGGGCUGGAUGAGACAUCAUGUCCUCGGCUGAAAGUGAGGAUUUAUCAGGCUACCGUUUGAGUGUGGUGCAGAACCCACCGGGCUGGGAGGUGGGGAUUUACUUGGUGGGCUUCUUGGUGCUGCUUGGUGCGGCGGGACUCAACAUCUGGAAGCUGUGGAAAUCUGGAACCUUCCCCGCUCCUUCGCCCUUCCCCAAUUUUGACUACAGAUAUCUGCAAGAGAAAUAUGGAAACUCCUUCUCAGAAGUCAGACAAAAGAGAGUGGCGGCCAUCAACCACCGGCGCACCUCCACCACCUCCAGCCGUAAACCCAGCCUGGCCCUCGGCGACACCCCCGACGCGUUCAGGGAGCUGGGCCACCUGGAGCUGAUGAGCAGGGAGCUGGACCCAACGGGCUUGGCUCAGCUCAAYCGCUCCGUCUCCACCGACUCGCUCAGCUCCAUCUCCUCCAUCGCCAACAACUUCGGUCACGACUUCACGGUCGGCCAGCUUGAAGUGACCCUGGAGUUCGACGCGCCUCGGCAGCUGCUCCACAUCACCCUGCACCAGGGAAAGGACUUGCUGGAGAAGGAGGAAGGGGACUUCCCCGGUUGCUUCAUCAGAGUGUCGUUGGGGCCAGAGGAGUUUAACUUGGGAGUGACAAGGGUCCAGACGAACGCUUUCACCGUCAUCUUUGACGAGCGCUUCUCCGUCCCCAUGGACCAGUCCGCCCUGGACGAGUACAGCCUGCGCUKCGCSGCGUUUGGCAUUGACGCCGACGAACGGAACAUCAGCGCGGGCCUGGCCGAGCUGAAGCUGUCGGACCUGGACCUGACCAUCAGGCCGUUCAACGCCUGGCUCUACCUGCAGGACGUCAAUAAGGCCGUGGACGCGGUCGGGGAGAUUCUGCUGUCUCUCAGCUACUUACCGACGGCAGAGCGCCUCACGGUGGUCGUGGCCAAGUGCAAGAAUCUAAUAUGGACCAAUGAGAAGAACACAGCAGAUCCGUUUGUCAAGGUGUAUCUGCUGCAAGACGGCAGAAAGAUCAGCAAGAAGAAAACCUCCACGAAACGAGACGACACCAACCCGAUCUUCAACGAGGCCAUGAUCUUCUCGGUGCCGUCCGCCGUCCUGCAGGAGCUCUCCCUGAGGGUCACCGUAGCAGAGGCCACCGACGACGGGCGGGGCGAAAACCUGGGCCACGUGAUCAUCGGCCCCGAGGCCAGCGGCAUGGGGAUCACCCACUGGAACCAGAUGCUGGCCACGCUGAGGAAGCCCGUCUCCAUGUGGCACCCGCUGCGCAGGAUCUAACCACACGCGCACACGCACGCACACACACACACACA